AUGGCCAUGUCCAAGGGAUUCCGUGUGCUGGAGAAAUCCAAGCCUCCAUCGCCGCACAGCGUCUUGUUGGAGCACCGGAACAAGCCGGAAACGCUGCUCUUCGAAUCGCAAGCCGUUGCAGUGCUGUCGGCACAGGAAACAGAAAUCGUCCGUAAACAGUACACGAAGGUACUCGAUGCGUACGGAUGUCUCGGAGUGCUGCAGCUAAACGCAGGAGACAGCUCCCUGCUGUACCUGGUGAUGGUGACGGGUUGCUUCUCGGUGGGCAAAAUACUGGACAGUGAAAUCUUCCGCAUCACCCAGACCCAAUUCGUGUCGCUGCAGUACCAACCGACGAACGAGGAUAAAGUGGCUGAAAUACGCAAGGUGCUAAACUCGGGCACGUUCUAUUUUUCCUUCUCGAACGCCGGUGUUGCCACGGGCCAGGUGACUAUCGCGCAACCGUUUGGGUUUGACAUUACGCUGUCCGCGCAAAGACGCCGUCGUACGAAGGAAACGGAUAAUCGCUUCUUCUGGAACCGGAUGCUGUUCAUCCACCUGCUACGGUUUGGUGUGGAGUGUAAUUUUUGGCUGUUGAAGGCGAUGUGCGGUUCGGUUGAGAUUCGCACAGUGUACGCAGGCAGCAAGCAAGCCCGAGCGGCCAUCAUCUCACGGUUGAGCUGCGAGCGAGCUGGUACCCGGUUCAACGUGCGUGGGACCAACGAUGAAGGAUGUGUGGCGAACUUUGUCGAAACGGAACAGUGCAUUUACCUGGACAACGAGAUCACUUCGUACGUACAGACGCGUGGCAGCGUGCCACUGUUUUGGGAGCAACCGGGAGUGCAGGUUGGCUCACACAAGGUGAAGUUAUCCCGUGGCUACGAGGCCUCCAGGUCGGCGUUUGAUCGGCAUAUGUGUACCAUGAAAGGAAGGUACGGUCAGCAAGCCAUCAUCAAUCUUCUCGGCACCAGCCUGAUCGGCAGCAAGGAGGGUGAAGCGAUGCUAAGCAACGAAUUUCAGCGGCACCACCGCGAAUCGGAUCAUACCGAUGUACCGCAUUUAGUGUUCGAUUACCACCAAGAGUGCCGAGGAGGUAACACGGUCGCUCUAUCUAAGCUACGUCAGAAGAUCGACGCAACCUGUGCGGACUUUGGGAUGUUCUACGCGAUCGGAGAUUCGGUUUAUCGAGAGCAACGAGGCGCAAUUCGGACGAACUGUCUCGAUUGUCUCGACCGGACUAAUUGCGUCCAAACGUACAUCGGACUGGAGAUGCUGAACGAGCAGAUCACGAUCAUGGCGACACUGGCGGACAAGAAGCAGCAAAUGAGUUCCCGGUUCGAGGAGGUGUUCCGGCAGAUGUGGAUCAAUAAUGGCAACGAAGUGAGCAAGAUCUACGCUGGAACCGGCGCCAUCCAGGGUGGCUCGAAACUGAUGGAUGGUGCACGCUCAGCAGCUCGCACCAUUCAGAACAACCUGCUGGAUAACUCGAAGCAGGAAGCGAUCGACGUGCUACUGGUCGGUUCGACACUCAGCUCUGAGCUAGCGGAUCGGGCAAGGAUACUGCUACCUUCCAAUAUGCUACACGCUCCAACCCCCGUCUUAAGGGAAAUGUGCAAACGCUACGAAGAAUACGUCAAUCCGCUCGUUUUCCGGGUGGCUUGUGGAACGUACAACGUCAACGGUGGUAAACACUUCCGAAGUGUAGCGUACAAGGAUGUUUCGCUAGCCGAUUGGCUAUUGGAUUGCCAUCGAUUGGCACGAUCGCGCUCCCUGGUCGAUUUCAGCCAAGUGGAAGAUAGCAACGAACCACCAGUGGAUAUAUUUGCGAUCGGAUUCCAGGAAAUUGUUGAUCUGAAUGCAUCCAAUAUCGUUGCUGCAAGUUCCGAUAAUGCUAAAGCAUGGGCCGAAGAGUUGCAGAAGGUGGUAAGCCGAGAUCAUGAGUACGUGUUGCUCACGUACCAGCAGCUGGUUGGUGUGUGUCUCUAUAUCUACAUUCGGCCCCAACACGCUCAGUUCAUCCGUGAUGUGGCGAUCGAUUGCGUGAAAACCGGACUCGGUGGUGCGACGGGCAACAAGGGAGCAGCUGCCAUCCGUUUCGUCCUGCACGGCACAUCUCUGUGCUUUGUGUGUGCUCACUUUGCCGCGGGUCAGUCACAGGUGGCCGAACGGAACGCCGACUAUGCGGAGAUCACACGGAAGAUUGCGUUUCCAAUGGGUCGCUCGCUAAAGUCGCACGAUUACAUUUUCUGGUGCGGUGACUUCAACUAUCGCAUCGACAUGGAUAAGGAUGAAUUGCGAGAGACGCUGAAGCAAUCGCCGAACGAUCUGUCUGGAGUGUUACCGUACGAUCAGCUACGCAUCCAGCAAAACGCGGGCAGUGUGUUUAACGAAUUUCUCGAGGGUGAGAUUGCGUUCCCGCCGACGUACAAGUACGAUCUGUUUAGCGAUGAUUACGAUACGAGCGAGAAAUUACGCGCACCGGCCUGGACCGAUCGUGUGUUGUGGCGACGGCGCAAACAAAGUCCGGAUGCGGAUCGCCAUCCGGGAUGGAAUCCGGGCCGGCUCGUGCAUUACGGGCGAGCAGAGCUAAAACAGAGCGAUCAUCGGCCGGUGAUCGCGAUGAUCGACGUCGAGGUGCACUUUAUCGAUCCGCAGCGUCGUUCGACGGUGUUUGCUGAUGUGAUUCGCGAUCUUGGCCCCCCGGAUGGUACGAUCCUGAUACAGGCUAACAACGCUUCGGCGGGAGGCGGCCCGCAGGAUUCCGGUGAUGAAGACGAAGGAAGCAUCUACGAUGAGAACCUAAUGGCGGCCCUUAUCCAGGAGCUCACGCAAAUCGGUGAAGUCACGCUGGUGCGUUUCGUCGGUGAUACGAUGUGGGUGACGUUCCGAGAUGGCCAGUCGGCCCUCACAGCGGCUCAGAAGCGGUCAGUCCAGGUGUGCGGUGUUCAGUUGUCGAUUAAUCUUAAAACGGACAACUGGGUCGAGCAGGUGGAGAAGGAGAUCUUGCUCUGCACACCCAACACGGUAAGUUUCUGCGACAGCAGCCAGAGCAGCGGAGACUACAACAGCCUGGGCAUUCCGGAGAUCCCGUCGCGUCCGAAAAGUCCGCCAUCGGUAUCCCAACCUACUCGUCCCGGACCACCGAGCCGUCCACCGUUACCAAAGUCCCCGCAAGCAUCACCAAAGCAUCAACCCCAUCAACAGCAGCAGCAACACCAUCACCACCAUCCCAGGGCGGGUGUCAUUAGUCUAGGACCGGAGGUGUUGCUAGCAUCAAAGCUACAGCAACAGAAAGCACCACCACCGGUACCGGCGGUUCCGGCACCUCCACAACGACCUACACCUCCGGUGGAGGAGUACGCCAGCUCAUCGCCGCUCGCCGGAUCUCCGUCCCAUGGCGCAGGGUUGCCAUCGAAUCCCUCGCAGCCGGACACUGGGGCAAUUUACGAGGAAAUCAAUGACGACAUUCCUGUUCCGGAACAACCACGUGGACCACCGCCACCGCCUCCACGCAGCGACGUGUACGACCUCGACGUCGUGAGCAAUAGCAGCAGCAAAUCGACGACCAACAAAUCGUCCCCACCGGGCACGUCGGGCAGCUCUGGAGCUGGUUCUCCUCUCUCGACCGGCGCGGCCAAUAGCGUUCCGUUACCAUCCGGGCCGCCAAAAGGCGCUCCUCCACCACUUCCGAUGCGUCGCGGCGCACCACCACCCAUACCGAAUCGAAGCGGCGGUCCUCCGCCUCUACCAGCACGCCCGAACAAUCCUUAAGCGGGAGUGUCUUUCACAGUGGCGCAUUAUGCUUCUCAUUUCCGUAGUCGUGUCUGCUUGUCCUCGUUUCUAAGUUAUAACAGCUUUUCAACACACUAUCAUGGAGCUCGACUAUCUCCACGACGUUGGCGAUGGUUAUUAGAAUAUAAAUCAACAGUGUAACCGCUCUCUGUCUAUA